AGUAUAUCGCUGUCACUCGGUUGAUUCUAGGCGGUAAAGAAUUAAUUUCUACGUUUUAACGUGUGUGUUAUAAUUUAUCGCAAAAAUGUCGAGUCAACAAAACGCUCAUGGGGAUCAUAAGGAAAAGAAAAGGAAAGAAAGUAUUCUUGAUCUGUCAAAAUAUUUAGAAAAGAAUAUCAGAGUCAAAUUUGCCGGGGGUAGAGAAGCUGCAGGUAUUUUAAAAGGUUAUGAUCCACUUUUGAAUUUAGUACUUGAUAAUACUACUGAAUAUCUUAGGGAUCCUGAUGAUCCUUACAAAUUAAACCAAGAUACACGUAUGUUGGGAUUAACAGUCUGCAGAGGAACUUCAGUCGUACUUAUUUGUCCUGUCGAUGGCAUGGAAUCAAUACAAAAUCCAUUUAUACAACAGGAAGGUUGAAAGAUUAGUUAAUAAUAAUUUAAAUAUAAAUCAAUUUAUAUAAUUUCCUAAAGAUAUAUUCUACUAUUGAAACUACAAUUACAUUUAAUAUAGAUUUGGUAAGAAAAGAAAUAUUCUUUGUUUCUUCUUUUAUUGUCUACAUAAAAUUAUUUUAUGCAAAAAAUAUAAAAAUAAUAACAAUU